AUGGAGAUCAGAAAGUAUAAGCGUGGGGGCGCAUCUUUCCUCACAUACUGGAUUUUCUUAUUACAAAUGUUAGGCAGCACUCGCCACGGUGCUGAAGGCCACGGCAGGCUUAUGGACCCCCCCGCGCGCAACUCAAUGUGGCGUUUCGGUUUCCCAAACCCCGUGAACUACAAUGACAACGAACUGUUUUGCGGCGGAUAUGCUGUCCAGUGGGACCAGAACGGCGGUCGGUGCGGGGUUUGCGGCGACGCGGUGCAUCUCUCCGAGCCACGACCCCACGAGGCUGGCGGCAUGUUCGGCAAGGGCAUCAUCACCAGGCACUACAGCGUCGGCCAGGAGAUAGAAGUCGAAAUUGAACUCACGGCAAACCAUCUUGGUACUUUCCUUAUAAAACUGUGCCCCAACAACAAUCCCAAGCAAGAAGCCACCCAAGAAUGUUUCGACAGGUACCCUCUGUACAUAUCGGGGACGCGCGAAGACAGGUUUCUAAUCCCCCUGGACACCGCAAAGAAGGACAUCUUCAGAUACCGAGUGCGGUUGCCUCCCUACGUCACUUGCACCCAGUGCGUUCUACAGUGGACCUACCAUACCGGCAACAUGUGGGGUAUCUGUCCGAACGGGACGGAGGCGGUCGGCUGCGGCCGGUCGGAGACCUUCCGGAACUGCGCUGACGUGAGCGUGGUCACCAGCACCGGAGGCCUGCCGCCAGCGUUCGCCAACGACCUGAGGAAGGACAACCCCUUCCUCCUGUACUACAGAGACUACCUCAUGCCCCAAAAUGUGUACCCGCUUGUGAUCAGCAACGAUAUAUCUGAGAGUUCGUCCGAGGAGGAUUUAGGUCCGAUCGUCAUUAGAGACCAAGUAUGCAUCCCUUCAGAAGGAUAUCGAGUGAUCCCUGGUAUGCAGAACUGGUGCCAGACAAAUUGCUUGCGGUACCCGCCCCAUUGUCCAUACUCACUCUGCCAAUGCCCGCAAGUCUGCGAAGGAAUCGGCGAAUUUGAGGGCCGCGAGGGCGCUGACGUUCACUGCAUGGACCUUUGCAUCGUUUACCCGCCUCGCUGUCCCAAAGACAGAUGCCGUUGUUAC